ACCGUGUGUCGCCCGCGAGAGCCCGCAACUCUCGGGCCAACCCACCGCACGCACCUAAGGCCGGCUAUCCUUGGGUUCAGCGUGCGAACCGGUUCUCCCACGCUUUCCCAUCCCUCCCACCCAUAUUCAGGUCCUCUGAGCAGACUAUCACUACGACUAUCUUGUAUGGGAUUCCCCCAUCUCUGGGCCUGGCAUCAUGACUACCGUCCGUGAUUUCGACGGGUCAAACCAGGCGCCCACGCCUACGAUGCUGCCGUCUCCUCGCCCGGUCUUCCCUCCUCCCGCAGCAUCGCCUCGCAGUCCCGGAAGCCCCAUGUCUAGGAGACGACGAAGUGGUGCAAGCGUUGCCUCUGCACGGUCGAUGCCGGCGUCCGUCAAUACCUUGGAUGCCCGGCACCGGAAACCUUCUCGGUCGAAUACAAUAACCGCCUACCACGAGUCAGAGCACAUUCACGAGCAUGAGCACUUCCAACCAGGCGCCGAACCAGGAGUGGACACGUCGGCCGAAGAUGACAAGAUUCCGCCACAUCUCAUGAAGCUGAAGAACAGUUGCGACAUCAACAUUAUCGAUUUCAGCGAUGAAAAUGUCUCGCAUCUCAAGUGCGACAAUGACAGCUUGGAGAAGGCCCUGGAUGCAGAUCGGGGCGAUCAAUUUACCUGUAGAUGGAUCUCGGUCAAUGGCCUCUCAUGGGACGUCAUUCGACAACUGGGCAACAAGUACAACUUGCAUCGGCUAGCCAUCGAGGACUUGAUCCAUACCAAAACUCGCACCAAAGUGGAUUGGUAUUCCGACCACGCGUAUGUCGUUCUGACCUUAGCUAAAUUGGUCAGGAUGCACCAACAUCGCGGAGACAAAAGCAAGUGCAGUUGCACAGCGGGGAACGACUCGGACGACAGUGAUGACAGUAUGGAUGAAAAGCUCGAAAAGCACACGCAAAGGAGACAGAGCAUAUUGCGCACCUGGCUGGACUGGUUGCGACCGCAGAAACAGAGCGGACUGCCGACAUAUCUGGAUCGUAACCACGACGGGAACAUGGACGAGUUUGUCAGCGCCCACAGCGGAGUAUCGAGUGAUGCCCCCGUCAGAGACAUUAGGACCUUGCACCGCUACGAAAGCGCUCAAAUACCAGAGCACACCGCGUGGAUGGAACAGCACAGUGCACUGUCACAAGAUGACCUCGCCGUCAGCGUAGAGCAAGUCUCGAUCUUCUUAAUGGGAGACAACAGCGUGAUUUCCUUCUUCGAGCACUCGGCAGACGAUAUCGAAGCACCUAUCCUGGAGCGCCUUCACAGCAAGGAAACGAUCCUUAGACGAAGCUGCGAUGCGUCCUUGCUAAGUCAGGCUAUUAUUGAUGCGAUUGUGGAUCUAGCUAUCCCGGUCAAAGAUGCAUACAACAAAGCAAGAAAAGAACUGCAAAUCGAUGCCAUGACCAACCCGAACGUUCGCACUUCACGUGCGCUCCAUAUCUUCGGCGAAGAAAUUGAUAUGCUUCAGAACCUAUUCAAGCCGGUUGUGCACUUGGUGAACUCUCUACGUGAUCACAGUUCAGAACCACCACCAGCCACUCCUACCAACGCGCUGCCUACGGACACUGCACCAGAUGUGCCAGAUCUGAAGCCGAAUGUACAGAAGCAUCAGGAUCUGACCAAGCGAAAUCGAGAUGGGGCUCCACAAGCAACACGAAUGCUGUCAGAACUUAUUAAGAAGAGGCCACUGAGGCGCACUACCAACUCGACGAGCAUCACCAUCACGCCGCUCGCACAUACUUACUUUGGCGAUGUGCUCGACCACUGUAUCACCUUGAUCCAAGCAUUCGAGCAAAUGGAUGCCAGCGCCAACAACAUUUCGACGCUCAUCUUCAAUACCGUCGGUGCCAAGACGAACAACUUCAUGAUGAUUCUCGCCGUUGUGACGGUAUUCUUCGCACCUUUGACCUUUAUUUCGGGUUAUUUUGGCAUGAAUUUCGCCUCUGGCGCAGGUCUUGCGCAUCCUUUUGCCUUUUUCUGGGUCGUGGCGAUCCCCAGCCUGGUUGCGUUCAUGUUUUUGGUGUUUGGUUUCAUGUUAUGGGACCAAGUCGGAGCCUGGUUUACGAGUCGUGGCAUCAAAUCUCGACUGAGCACUCGACGUCGGUCCAGUCGACGAUAGUGAUAUCAGCUCCCGAUUUGCUGUACAGCCGACUACCCUUAUUGUAUAGCCAUUGUGUGAUACCUAGAACUUUACAGUAUAGACGACGAACAAUAACAACAACAACAACAACAGAGGAUGAAAGGAGGUGGACGACAGUACAGUCAGCAAUACACUAUUAUUCUCAAAAAGAU